AUGGCCAGUGAUAGUCCAUACAUAGUUAUGCUUGUUUAUCCCAAAUGUCGUAUGAGAAACGGCGACAACGGAGUGACAUUUGAGUGUGAGGAUCUGAUAUUGUUUUGCACUCAACGUGUGGAGACGUUGUUCGAUUUGAGAAGUUUGGUAUUGAGCAAGCUCGGUGGUACAGAAGCGAGGGAAAUUGGAAGGGUGGCGUAUAGGUUGCUGGCUCCCAUGGGUAAUGGAGUCUUCCGGUUUCGACUAUUUCGACUUCUAGGGGACGAGCAUGUGCGAGUGAUGUUCGACAUCCAUGGGAGGAUCAUGGUGGAGCAAGUAAUGGAGCUUUCUGCAGAGGUGGGACACAGUGGCGGUGGUCCUUCCGUACACUUGACCUAUGUGCAGGACGAUUGCCCACUCGCACCACCGCCCAUUCAUGUCGCCGUUCCAGUCGAUGAGUCAAAGGAGGGCGAGGAGGAGUCGGACGAGGAUUACGUAGUAGACAGUGGUGACACUGACUUGUCCGAUAGUGGGGAUGAGGAUGAGUGUGUUCCUGAGACACCUGUUCCGACCGUGGCCCGCCAUGUCCUGCCCCCACCUCUUCCAAUUCCGGCGCUUUCGGCAGUUCUGUCACACUAUCACGGUUUGGAUCUGGACGCCUUGCACGAGAGGACUCUAUUUUUUGACACGGGUGAAGAAGAUUACAACCUAGAUGGCAGAGUAGAGUUUCAGGUUGGGCACAAGUUUAGAAGCCGAGAGGCAGUGCUUCAGGGUGUGAAGAACUACAGUAUUCGAAGGAGUGCGGAGUACCGGAUGAUUGAAUCAGACCGGUUAAAGGAAGUUCGGAGGGUGGGUGGAGUGCGUAGUUGUCUAGCACCCACCAUGUCUCAAGACCAUCGUCAGUUAGACAGCAGUUUGAUCUGCAGAGUCAUCUUGCCGUUGAUUCAGUCCAACCCCUCUGUAAGUAUUCCGGUUCUGCAAGGUGCGGUCCAAGCAAGCUAUCACUUCAAACCAUCUUACAGAAAGGUGUGGAUGGCCAAGCAGAAGGCAAUUGCACAAAUUUAUGGGGAUUGA